GCAGUUUAUAUAAUUUGAUCAUUUUGUGUUUAUUUUCAGAUAUGAUACCAGUAUAGCAUUUGAUUCUUAAUUUAACCAAAAGUCUGUUAAAUACCAGACCCAAAUAAGCGUGAAAUUACUUCUGCGUCGCAGCGAGCGAGGUAGAUACGAUAAAGCGAUGCUUUCAUCUGACCAAAACUUAGGCGACCGGUGGAUGUUCAUUAUGAAGCAACCCCAAACUAGCUGUGGUAAUGUUCGAACAUAUCUUUGAGCUCAAUCAUAUACUUCUGCUGUCUUACAGGUCACACAAAUUAUAUUCAAUCUUGGACUCUUUUAGCGGGAAUCCUAAUCACUAAUUCAAACAAUCUUUCGGCAGAAUCUGCUCACAUUGUCACAAAAAUCACCUUCUCUUGGUAACAGACUUAUAAUACCAGUGGACAGAUACUAGAAGCUCUUUAGCUUUUGACAUCUCUUCUAUAGGUAUCUUGUAAUUCUUCUAGAUGGACCUUCAAACCGCUUAGAACCUUGAAAUCGGGCCGAGAAAGCAAUCUAGUUCACGUCGCAACUGCUGCGCAGAAACCCAAUUUUUAAUCGCAGCGAGGACCUCGAGGUAUUUCUGAUCUGAUAUUUAUGGCAACUCAUUUUACUUUGAAGCAUCAAUAAGCCGUCUCGGAUGAGUACUCUUCGUUUAAAGAUAGAAAAUAUCUGAAAUUAAGCCGGUUGAUUUGGUUAUUUAAAUUGAUCAGCUAGCCUAUGAAAAAGAUUACCUCAGAGUUUACUGUGAUUGGCAUAUUAACCUCAAAAGUGUUGUUUUAUCGAAUUGAACAGGCAAAAAUCAGAAACGUUUUUGCAAGUUGCUUCAUUGACUAUUUUAUUUACUUAGAAGGCAACUGAAACCAAUAAAAUUAUCAACUAAGCUUUUUGGCGUCAUCCAAUUUUUCUGCGCUAAAAUUCGCUGAUUAGUUCAAAAAUGGAUGAACGUCAGGCUUUGGGCGAUACAUUGAAUAAUGAUUCAGAGCCCAGUCGCGACUCCUAUCUAGAUCCGAACUUAACUUCAAGCCCACUUGAACCGCCGGGAGUUUUGAGCAGCAACGACAACAACAAUCGUAACUCAGACAGCUCAACGCUUGACAAAAGCGACAGGGAUUCUAUUGCUGAACUAAUAGGAGAUAACAACGACGAAGAACACAUUAAUCAGAAAGUCAAGUACCACAAAGAGCGGCCGCCGCCUCUGAAACUCGACACGAAGCUAAUGAAUGGUGUAAACAAUAACAACUCAGAUUGUGUAGUUUCUUUAAUUUCCAAUGACCUUGAAAAGAGUCACGUGAAUUCAGUUACGAACCCCUAUUACGCGGUUGUAGACGAGCAAGAUACCGAAAUCUACCUCAAACGAACUGUGGCGUUUAACUCAUUCAAAAAUAUACAAGCCGAGUACAGAAGCGAGCUAGAGAAACGGAACUCGGGAAAGGUGAAACGAAAACUUAAAAAGUUUUACUCAAAGCAGGAUGAUUUUAUCGAGUCAAUUGAAGAUGCGGAAAACUCCAUCUCGGUAAGCAAAGACGACGCGGCCGAAGCAUUGAAAGAAUCAAAUAAAGCUAUAGCAGUUGCAGCUAAGUUAUCAUUCGUGGCUAAUGUAAUACUGAUGAUAGCUAAGUUAAUAGCAUCCUAUCUCUCAGGUUCUAUGGCCAUUCUCUCCAGUCUUGUGGACAGUGUAGUAGAUUUGGUCUCGGGAGCAGUUAUAUUUUACACGACAAGAGCAGCUAAGAGAACGAACUUCUACUCGUACCCGUUCGGAAGAACGAGGUUGGAGCCGGCCGCUAUUAUUAUCAUUUCAGUCGUGAUGGGUCUGGCGUCGCUACAAGUUCAGAUCCAGUCCUUACAGCAACUAGCGUGUGGUGAGAUUUACCCCGACUACCAGUGGCAAAUCAUCACGUGGAGCGCGGACCCGCACGUGGACUUGAUAUCUAAGAUCAUGGUGUUUGUGACGGUAGUGAUGAAGCUGCUGCUGUUCCUCUACUGCAGGAGGAUCCACUCUCCAUCCACCCGGACACUGGCCACAGACCACUUCAACGACAUCAUAGGCAACUCAUUCGCUCUCGCCUGUGGAUGGGUCGCCUCACAGUUCACAUUCUUGAAGGUCGUCGAUCCCAUUGGUGCUAUUCUGAUCUCGUUCUACAUCUGCUACAAUUGGUGGAAGACUGGCUCGGACCAGAUCAAAGUCAUCACGGGGAAGACAGCCCCGCCCUCCGUCUUAGCCAAGAUUACCUGGCUCUCCCUCUACCACGACACCAAGAUCCGAAACAUCGACACAGUCAGGGCAUUCCAUCUCGGGUCCGGAUUCCUAACAGACGUGCACGUGACAUUGGAUGAGAAUAUGAGUCUGCGAGAAGCUCAUGACAUCGGGGAGUCUCUGCAGAACAAGCUGGAGCUGCUCUCGGAGGUGGAGGUGGCCUUCGUCCAUCUAGACUACGAGAACGACCACAAGGCAUUCACAGAGCACGCGUUCCUCAUGCGAAAACCGAUUAGCGAGAAAAUGAACACGCCCAGGUCACGAACUGCGUCCGCCACCACGAAUGCAUAAUUUUUAAAAUUGUAAUGCUCUUCUGAAAAAAACAAGCAGCAGUGACAAAAACCUAACCAACGCAUUUCGAAAAAUAGACGCCCUUGUUGGAUUCAUAAAUGGAUUGACCUAUGUUAUUAGUACUGCGGAGCAGAUGAACCGAACCCAUGCCUUAAAGUUGAUCGAAGUGGCUGGAAAGAAACGAUAGCGAAUCUCAGGGUUACCUUGGUUUUGUAAAAAUAUCGCAUUUGCAUUUAAAAUUGAUUUCUUGUACCGCUGAAAGCUUGUAUUUAUUUUUGUUACAUAAAGUCGAUCCUUUUCCAUGUGCUGAAAUUCAAACUAAUAAUUUAAUAUCCUCGCUUCUGUUAA